UAUCUACGUCAUUACGUCAAAUCAUCUGAGAGGAGAGCAACAACAUAGAACGUGGAGCAGUGUUUUGCAUGAAGUGAUGAAGCCAGAUGCCAACGCAGUGGAAUCUGAACCCGGCAGAGUACCGCCAGCGCGUGCUGUGGUCGUGGAGCGGAUAAAUGCCAUCGCGUGAAGCUUAACCCCCACGAAGAGAACUCCAUGUCUUUCUUGGACUGCUCCUGCAUCUCCCCCACUCAGGUCCAGCCAAUCAGCAUAGAGGACCAGUAUGAGGACGUCAGCCACCAAUACCUGAGCUCCGACGUCUCAGAAUGCACUUUCACCUGGGGUGGUGCAGGCAGCGAUGACAUCACAGCCCUCUCUGCUAACUCCGCCCACUACCAGCUGCUGUCAGAGCUGGGGAAAGGCUUCAACAACCUGAGCCAGGUGCGCAUGGCGCGCCACACCCCCUCCCGCCAGCUGGUGGCAGUCAAGAACACCAACCUGGAUGAGUGUACUGAGGAUGAGCUGCUACAGUUGAUGAACGAGGUUCUUCUCAGGCUUUUCCGCCACCCCAACCUGCUGACCUCUCGCCUGGUCUUCAGCUCCUGCUGCCAGCUCUGGGUCCUCACACCACUCAUGGGCUACGGUUCGGCAGAUAGCCUGCUGAGGACGUUCUUCCCUGACGGGAUGAGUGAGUCCCUGAUCGCUUACCUCCUCCACGGAGUCCUGAAGGCUCUGCAAUACCUACACCUCAUGGGCUACGUGCACAGGGGAGUGAAGGCCAGUCACAUCCUGCUGUCUGGGGAGGGCCGUGUCUACCUCUCGGGGCUGCACAGUGUUUACAGUAUGAUGCGGGAUGGGAAGAAGGUGAGGACUGUGUUCGACAUGCCCCACCACAGCCCUGCCCUGCUACCCUGGCUCAGCCCAGAGCUGCUACGACAGGACCUGCAUGGCUAUGGGGUGAAGUCAGACAUCUACAGUCUGGGGAUAGUAGUCUGUGAGCUGGUCAGUGGCAGGGUGCCUUUCCAGGACAUGCCCCCUACACAGAUGUUGCUCCAGAAGCUGCGUGGGUCCCACUGCUGCCUGCUGGACGUGGCCCCCUCCCCCCUCGGGGAGCUGAGGGGACUGAAGGUGUCCCGCUCCGGGGUGGACUCUGGCAUCGGGGAGAGUGUUGCCACGGGCAGCCUGACCCGCACCGCCACCGCCGAGAGACCUCAGAGCCCCGCCCCCAAGAACCACUCGGUCACCCUGCACAACCUGGUCCAGCUGUGUCUGCAACAGCAGCCCGACUGCAGACCCUCUGCUUCUACACUGUUGACCCAUGCCUUCUUCAAACAGGUGAAAAGGCAUCAUACCCGGGACUCCUUCCUCAGUCUCAUGUACCCCGCGGUGCCCCUUGGAGUUUCCAGCCCCGAUGACCCCCCUGUGUCCUGCUCCCCUUCCCCUUCCCCGUCCUGCCACCCCCCCACCUCCACCAUCGCUCACUCCACAGAGGAGGUGUGGGACUUCUCCUAACCCUCCUCCCUGCCCCCUUCCACCUCUGCCCCCCACAUCCCAAAACCUGACAACCAAGCCUAACUCAAGACAAUCAUAACGAUAAAAAAAACAGCGAGCCCAAACAUUUCUACUGUGCUCUGAUUGGACCUGUCCUACCCACCACUCUGAACCUUUCUACUGUGCUUUGAUUGGACCUGUCCUACCCACCACUCUGAACCUUUCUACUGUGCUUUGAUUGGACCUGUCCUACCCACCACUCUGAGCCUUUCUACUGUGCUUUGAUUGGACCUGUCCUACCCACCACUCUGAGCCUUUCUACUGUGCUCUGAUUGGACCUGUCCUACCCACCACUCUGAGCCUUUCUACUGUGCUCUGAUUGGACCUGUCCUACCCACCUCUCUGAGCCUUUCUACUGUGCUCUGAUUGGACCUGUCCUACCCACCACGCUGAGCCUUUCUACUGUGCUCUGAUUGGACCUGUCCUACCUACCACUCUGAGCCUUUCUACUGUGCUCUGAUUGGACCUGUCCUACCUACCACUCUGAGCCUUUCUACUGUGCUCUGAUUGGACCUGUCCUACCUACCACUCUGAGCCUUUCUACUGUGCUCUGAUUGGACCUGUCCUACCCACCACUCUGAGCCUUUCUACUGUGCUCUGAUUGGACCUGUCCUACCCACCACGCUGAGCCUUUCUACUGUGCUCUGAUUGGACCUGUCCUACCUACCACUCUGAGCCUUUCUACUGUGCUCUGAUUGGACCUGUCCUACCUACCACUCUGAGCCUUUCUACUGUGCUCUGAUUGGACCUGUCCUACCUACCACUCUGAGCCUUUCUACUGUGCUCUGAUUGGACCUGUCCUACCUACCACUCUGAGCCUUUCUACAAGUUUUCUAUGCUUUUCUAUGUUUGUUUUGGAACUCAAAUAAGGUUCUGCAGGUGGAUGUUUAUUGUCUUGAGUCUUGUCCUGGAGGCAGAACUGAGCCAUUUCCCCUUAGAUAGGCCAGCUGCUGGAAUAGGAGGGCGGGAUUAUUGAAGCUGCUCUGCCUGGACCAUCCAAUGAGGAUCUCUGUGCCAUGGGUGUGGCUGCCGGUCAACGACAAUGACAACCAAUGACGUUGCAGGACAGUGAGGACACACCCCCUAUGCCAGUUUAAAGACCUAUCACUGGACUCAUAUGGAUCGUACUACGAACAGUAAUGUGAACUAUUUUAGGCUAUUAGACUGUGAAAGGGCAUAGAUAAUAAUGUGUCAGGGUUUGAAGAGGAAGAUAAUAGAUAGUGAUAUGUUAUGGAGUUGGAGAGGGUAUAAGUGUUAAAUCACAAGUGUGUGAGCAGAGACGGUACGAGAAUAGCUAGUGUGUUAGUGGAAGUUCUAUGGUUAUCCCUCUUGUCUUGUGAAACCAGCCUGAUCUCGCGAUAGCUCACAUUCCCGAAGUGAAACUAAACGUGAGCUCAGCAGUCCGUCUGAUUGACCAGGCUGCUAUCCCUCCCCUGUACAACCAGUGAAAUCCCUGUGAUCAAAUAAGAACUAUAACACUACCACUACUGUGGUUUGAGAUGCACUACACUAUACACGUCCUCCGAGUCAUAAUAAACGUAUGGGAGGGUCCUCAAUUGUAUCGUUUUAAUGAAAUCUGUGAACUGUUUAUGAUACAUUUAUGUGUUUUAUUCUGUGAUUGAUGAUUAUGUGUAUGAGAGACAUUUUAUGUAUCAGUGCAUAUCAAACAUGUUAUAGCUGUAUGAGCCUUAUAGAAGUGUUAUAAAUAUAUUCAUUAUCAA